AUGGCCCCAAAGUGGAAAAAGAAAAGGGUAGUGGAGGACGCAUAUGAAGUGUUCGAUGAAUUACCUUUGAAAGAUGUGAUGCUUUGGAAUAGAAUGAUCAAUUGGUUUUCCGAGAUUGGGCAGUUGAGGAGGCUUUGCUGGGUUGCUGGAGAAGAUGCGUUGGAAAUUUCUUGGAUGUCUUUUGUCAUGUGCACCCUUGUUAAUAUAAAAUUUAACGGAUAUGGCGCAACGCUUGCCACAGCAGAAGCCAGCACAAGUACAUUUCAGUCCAUCAAAGACGGCGAGACCAUAGUUUCAACCGAUGGAACCUUUGAGCUCGGAUUCUUCACUCCUGCAGGCGCUUCUGGUAAUCGAUACAUAGGCAUAUGGUACAAGAAGAUAUCGGUUACAACGGUUGUGUGGGUUGCCAACAGAGAAACACCCCUCACUGAUUCAUCAGGUAUUCUCAGAAUCACUGACCCUGGAAUUCUUGUCCUUGUCAACCAGAACAACACCACAGUUUGGUCCUCCAACACAUCAACAACCGCACCAAAUGCAGUGGCACAGCUUUUGGAUUCAGGAAACCUUGUUGUGAAAGAUGGCAGUGACAAAGUUGAUGCAGAGGAUGAGAAGUACUUGUGGCAGAGUUUUGACUACCCGGGUGAUACAUUGCUAGCAGGUAUGAAGCUUGGUAGGAACACAGUUACAGGCUUCAAUUGGCAUCUUACAUCAUGGAGAAGUCCCUCUGAUCCUUCUCAAGGCAACUUCACAUUUCAACAUGGUCCCAGGGGAUAUGCAGAACAAGUUCUGAGGGAGGGUUCAGACAUAACAUUUCGGACUGGACCAUGGAAUGGAAUCCGGUUCAGUGGAACGCCUCAUUUAGGUCCAAACUAUGUUUACACAUAUCAGCUAGUUUUUGAUGAUCAUGAUCAUGAAGAAUACUAUAGCUAUAAGCUUCUCAACAGCUCAGUUCUUUCCAGGCUGGUGUUAACUCAAGAUGGGCUUCUGCAGCGCUACACAUGGAUCGAUAGAACCCAAAGUUGGUUUCUUUACUUAACAGCACAGAUGGAUAACUGUGACAAUUAUGCACUUUGUGGUGCAUAUGGUGCUUGCAAUAUUGAGAACUCCCCAGUAUGCGGCUGCUUGAAAGGUUUUGUGCCAAAAUUUCCAAAAGAUUGGGACACAAUGGAUUGGUCAAAUGGGUGUGUGAGAAAGACUCCACUAGCUUGCAAUGGCGACAAGUUUCUGAAGUACUCUGGGGUCAAAUUUCCAAACACAGAACAAUCCUGGUUUAACAAAAGUAUGAACCUCAAGGAAUGCGAGAUGGAGUGCACCAGAAACUGUUCCUGCACAGCUUAUUCAAAUUUGUAUAUUAGCGAAGGAGGAACUGGGUGCUUGAUGUGGUUUGGCGAUCUGAUUGAUAUGAGAAAUCUCACUGAAAAUGGACAAGAUAUUUACAUAAGGAUGGCAGCAUCAGAACAAGAUCCUGAAGACUAUACAAAGAUCAAUGGUAAACUUGCUAAUUUCAAUGUGAAGAAAAGGAGGAUCAUAUUAAGCUGUAUCGUGCCAUCUACUGGACUGCUGAUCCUGGGCCUAGCCUUCUGUCUAUACAUUUUCCAGAAGAAACAUAAAAAAGAUGGAAAACUGACGCACAGCAAGAAGGAAGAUCUUGAAUUACCAUUGUUUGACUUGGCUACUAUUGUCUCUGCAACCAGCAACUUUUCAAACGACAAUAAGCUUGGAGAAGGUGGUUUUGGAUGCGUCUUUAAGGGUAUGUUGAGAAAUGGGCAAGAAAUAGCUGUCAAAAGGCUCUCAAAACAUUCUUCACAAGGAGUAAAUGAGUUCAAAAAUGAGGUUACGCAUAUUGCCAAACUCCAGCACAGGAAUCUAGUGAAGCUCCUUGGAUGUUGCAUUCAAGCCGAUGAAAUGAUGCUCAUCUACGAAUGCAUGCCUAACAAAAGCUUGGACUUCUUUAUUUUUGAUCAAAGAAAAAGCAUGCUACUAGAUUGGCCUAAGCGCUUUGACAUCAUCAAUGGUAUUGCUCGGGGGCUCCUCUAUCUUCAUCAAGAUUCUAGACUGAGAGUAAUUCAUAGAGAUCUCAAAGCAGGCAAUAUUUUAUUAGACAAUGAAUUUAACCCCAAGAUCUCAGACUUUGGUCUAGCUAGAAGUUUUGGAGGAAAUGAAACUGUAGCAGAAACGAUGAGAGUGGUUGGAACCUAUGGUUACAUGUCCCCAGAAUAUGCAAGUGACGGGUUCUACUCUACCAAAUCUGAUGUUUUUAGCUUUGGUGUUUCGGUGUUGGAGAUAAUAAGUGGGAAGAGAAACAGAGGAUUCUCUCAUCCAGACCACGACCUCAACCUUCUUGGACAUGCAUGGAAUCUAUACACAGAAGGCAGGUCCAUAGAAUUGCUUGAUACAUCAGUAGGGGACUCCACUAAUCCAUCCGAGGAAGUUCUGCGCUCGAUUCAUGUGGGUCUUUUAUGUGUGCAGAAAGAUCCAGAAGAUAGGCCAAGCAUGUCAGAUGUUGUUCGAAUGUUGAGUGGUGAAGGUGCAUUGUCUCAACCUGAAAAACCUGGGUUUUAUAGUAAAAGUAGUGAUAGGUCUGAAAACCAAGUCAAUCAUUUAUCUAGAGCAUGCUCGGCUAAUGAAGUUAGUUUUACGCUACUUGAUGCUAGAUGA